AUGCCUACUGGUAGAGGUGGUCGAUUAAUCAUUGCCCACGCUGGUUCAUUAACCACAGGCUUCACAUCAGAGGCCAAACUCGUUUUUUGUGGUGGGAAAAGUUCUUGCCAAUCCAAUUACCAUUCAGAAGUGAAUGGAGAAGUUUUUAAGAAUUGGUUUAUUCGACUGUUGUCUGCACUGGAAGAAGGAUCAGUUAUCACGAUGGAUAACACCAGCCACCACUCCAUUCAGAUAGAAAAGCUGCCAGGUUCAAAUUGGCUUGUGGCAGAUAUUAUUAUUAUUAUUAUUAUUGUGGAGUGGUUAAAGAGAAAGAAUGUUUCAUUUUCUGUCAGUGAAACGAAGGCUGAAUUCCUGUCUAAGGAAGAAAUCGUAGGUGCCAAAAAGAUUUAUGAAUUAGAUCAACUGGCAACUGAAAUGAAACCCCAAGUGGUAUGGCUACCACUGUAUCACUGCCACUAUAAUCCCAUUGAAUUGAUAUGGGUCCAAGUAAAGCGAUAA